UUUGUCUUUUUCAAGGUCGGUCGAAUCAGCUGAACUCGGUUGCUGAUCAAUUGUAAUUGUUUUUUAAUUAACUAAUUGUUAACCUUUUUUUUUUAAUUUAAAUUGUUUUCUGUUGUUCAUUGAGUUUAAGUUUAACUUAACAAGAAGUAACCAUGUUAAAUAUUUCGAGCAAUUUUCUUAGUCGAUCUCUUUCCUCGGCUAAUUUUCAAAUGUGUAUUCGAUUGUUAUCCAAUGAAGCCUCUUUCCAAACAAAACCUUACAAAUUGCAUAAAAUGGAUGAAGGUCCAAGUACAGAGGUUACAGUUACUCGAGAUGAUGCUUUGAGUUUAUAUAAGCAGAUGAUGUUUAUCCGUCGUAUGGAAGCCGCUGCAAAUACUUUAUACAAAGAGAAAGCCAUUAGAGGUUUCUGUCAUUUAUAUUCUGGUCAAGAAGCUGUUGCCGUUGGAAUGGAAAAUGCCAUUCUUAAAGAGGAUUCAGUGAUCACUGCUUAUCGAGCCCAUGGUUGGACUCUUGUUCGUGGUGUAGCACCAAGUGCUAUUCUUACAGAAUUGACCGGUCGUAAAUCUGGUUGUGCUCGAGGUAAAGGAGGUUCUAUGCAUAUGUACAAUUUUAAUUUCUUUGGUGGUAAUGGUAUUGUUGGAGCUCAAGUACCAUUAGGAGCUGGUAUUGCUUUCGCCCAUAAAUAUAAAAACAAUGGUAAUCUCUGUUUAACCUUAUAUGGUGAUGGAGCUGCUAACCAAGGCCAAGUAUUCGAGGCCUACAAUAUGGCCAAACUCUGGAAUUUACCUUGCAUUUUUAUCUGUGAAAAUAAUGGUUAUGGUAUGGGAACAUCAGCUGAUCGAGCUGCAGCAUCAACUGAAUACUUUUCCCGUGGAGAUUAUGUUCCCGGUUUAUGGGUUGAUGGUAUGGAUGUUUUAGCCGUUCGAGAGGCGACCCGAUUCCUUGCCGAAGCUUGUAGACAAGGUAAAGGUCCGUUUGUCGUUGAAGCGACAACUUAUCGUUAUCAUGGUCACAGUAUGUCCGAUCCUGGAACAAGUUAUCGUACUCGUGAGGAAAUUCAAGAGGUUAGAACACAAAGAGAUCCAAUCACCUCGUUUAAGGAUAAAAUUUUGAACGCUGAUCUUGUUACCAGUGAGGAAUUAAAAGAAAUUGAUUUAGCAAUUAAAAAGGAAGUCGAUGAUGCCAAUAAAUUAGCUAAAACCGAUUCAGAGAUCCCAUUAGAUGAACUUACCGCUGAUGUUUAUGUUCAAUGUUACGAACCUUAUAUUAGAGGUACAACUCCGUUUACUCCUCUUCAACAUAAACGAAUAUCAAAUCCCGUUAAUCUAAACUGAAUCAUCUAAUUGUAGAGAUUUAUUUAAACAAUUAAUAUAUUAUAUUAUUGUUUUUCUCUCUCUGUCCCUUUCCUUAUCCAACAACAAGAAUCAAAAACAAUUUAAACUCUUCUUUUCCUCUUUUGGCUGGUUGAAUAUUUUAACGUUAUAAAUAAAUUGUAAAGUUUACCUUUGAGAUUUACCAAAGGAUAGACACAAUUUAAAAUUGUAA